AUGGUUCUUACUACUGUAAAAUCCUAUUUUAAUAAGAAAUAUCUCCAGCAAUAUAUUUCUGUUAUGGCAGCUUCGCUAGUAUUUUUUGUUUGUGGAAAUCAAAUGGGCACAAUGAGUCCAUAUUUAGUAAUUUUAAACGUUGAUGGUUAUCAUGAAGUUCCAAAAAUAAGCUCUCUAAUUGUGUCUUGGCUGUCUAGCAUCUACAAUAUAGGAAUAUUAUUUGGAGCAUUAAUGUCAACGUAUGCAAAUGAUAUCCUAGGUAGAAAAUUAUCAAUGAUAUUAUUCACGUUUCCAGCUCUGUUAUCACAAAUCUUUCAAUAUUUCGCUGUAAACAUUUCUAUGGUUUUUAUAUCACUUUUUUUACGUGGUAUAACAAGCUCGUGGGCUUUUUCAGUUGUACCAACCUACAUAAGUGAAAUAGCAUUACCUCAUUUACGUGGACCGUUCACUGUGUUGGGUGUACUUAUUAUGUCUCUAGGAAUGCUUUCUGGUAGUUUGAUACAAGCAAGCUUCUCCAUUGAAUUAUCAGCGUUAAUUGGUGGAAUAUCAGUAUUAGUGACUUUAGUGUUAGUUUGUGUCAUAUCCGAGACACCAUACUUUUUUAUCAGCAAAAAUAAAGAUGCUAAAUGUAAAGAAUCAUUAAGAAAAUUUCGUUGUGAAAAAAUUGUGGAUAAAGAGUACGAAGAAAUUAAGUCGUCUUGGAAUGAAACUCUUGCAAUAAAACAAGAAGGCUGGGUUAAAAUUUUUACAGUUCCAUUAAAUCUUAAGGUGGUUUUUAUAUGCGUUGGUGUUCAAACUUGUCAACAAUUUACGGCCCUUACAACUAUGGUUACGAAUAUUCAUACAAUUGUCCAACAUUAUCAAUUAGAUCUUUCAUUAACGCAAAUUUCAAUAAUGUCUAAGGGUGUGGAAACUUUCACAACUAUUAUAAGUAUCUUCGUAAUAGAUUCAUGGGGUCGUAGGCCAUUAUUUUUAUUUGUAUCUCUUGGUGCUUGUAUAGCACAUUUUAUCACUGGGCUUGCAUUCGUUAUAGCGAAUAUUAAUGGAGAAAUAUCAACUACCGUUGGAAUUACAGCGUUUAUUGGAAAUCUUAUUUAUCUAGCAAUAUCUGGAUUGGGAUUGAAACAUUUGCCAAACGUCUUGGGUGCAGAAUUAUUUACAACUGACAUAAGAUCAAAAGGCUGUUCAUUGUUAAUGGUAAUUUCGGCAAUAGAAGGUGCAAUAGUUGCACUUUUAUUUGAUUUUUUAUUUAACAUGGCCAACUAUUUGCCGUUUUUAAUCUUUUCUGCAUGCGGCUUCCUAGGUUUCGUAUUUGGUGUAAUAUGGGUCCCUGAAACAAGAAGUAAAUCUUUGGCUGAAAUACAAAGACAGUUGAAGUGUAAUUGA